GAGAAAACGGCUGCCACGCGCCACGAAGAACACAACAGAGCUUCCUCGUUUAUCGCUGCAUAGGAAACCAUGUCUCCGUUUUAGAUUAGAUCUAUUAGUUUUGGCGAAAAGGUAACUGCUGUUUCGCGUUUAGAUUUAGAGCACAUGUAAAAUGGCCGCGAAUCCACCUGGACAAGGAUUUCAGAACAAAAACAGGGUUGCUAUUCUAGCAGAGCUGGAUAAGGAGAAGAGACGUCUGAUACAGAGUCAGUCUAUGAAUAACCCAGGAGCCAGCAUCCCCCUCUCUCGACCGGCAGUGAAUAAAGAGUUCAGGGAUCAGGCAGAACAGCAGCACAUUGCAGCACAGCAGAAAGCAGCUUUACAGCACGCACAUGCACACUCAUCCGGCUUCUUCAUCACUCAGGAUUCCUCCUUCGGGAACCUCAUACUGCCCGUGUUACCAAGACUCGACCCAGAGUGAAUAAGCUAUCGGCUGCUUAGACUGACUUAUCUGUUUUGUAAAAAAUCGCUACUCUGAGCUUUAAUGUGGCUUUGGGUUUCCAUUAAUGUAAAGGUUUCUGUUUUUUAGAUUGUUAUAUGCUAGUCAGUGUUUUUUCAUGAUUUUAUAUAAAAUGGAGAAGAAAAAAAAACUUAA